UAAGUGAGCGCUGUUCUGUUCUCACACAGUGUCCUAACCCGUGUCUCUGAAAAAGAGGUCCAUACUAAAGUUUUUGGUGGUUUCCAGGUUGCAUGCUGUGUGACUUCACAGUGAACACUACAUGGCAAUGUCAAGACUGUCCGCUGUGUGUGCGCUCACCCUAUUGGUUCUUCCUGUGAUGGCUCAAGAGCAAGCCCCUCCAAAAGAAUGCUGUGCUGGCUAUCCAGGGGCUCCAGGACAAAACGGUUUCCCUGGGAGAGACGGCAGAGAUGGGAGAGACGGAAAAGAAGGGGUCCCUGGACCAAAGGGAGAGAAAGGAGAUGCAGGGGUUGCGGUUACAGGUCCUCCAGGCAAAGCAGGUCCAGCUGGUCCAGAAGGGUUGAAAGGGCAGAAAGGUGAACCAGGACCUGCAGGUACAGAAACUCCAAGCUCCAGCCUAAUCACACAACUGCAGAACGAACUUAAAGCACUGAAAACCAGACUGUCUAAACUUGAGACAGCUACGAGUUUCCGUGAUUUCAAGAGGGUCGGCAACAAGUACUACAUGUCUGAGAGAGUGACGGCAGAUUUCGAUCAGGGCGUGACUCUAUGCAGGGACUUCGGCGCGACUCUUGCCCUGCCUAGAAACACUGCUGAAAACCAGGCCCUUGCCAAGUUCAUCGCUCUCACUGAUUCCAAAUAUGCCUUCUUGGGAGCAACUGACAGGGAGACAGAUGGGCAGUUUCUGGACUUGGAAGAGACGCCUGUGAAGUUCACCAGCUGGGGCACAGGUGAACCCAACAACUAUGGGGGCUCUGAAGAGUGUAUUGUCCAAAGCACCAGCACAAAUUGGAUUGAUGUAAAGUGCAGUGCAAAACACCUCAUUGUUUGUGAGAUAGAAUACUCUGCAUAGAGUGAACUCAGCUUAUAACAGUUACUGACAAGAGAAUCAACAGUAUAUAUUGAUUAACUAACACUAACACUGGGACAGAAUCCCUCCUAUACUAAGACUGUUAAACACUGCACUUGUAAGGAUCAAGUAAUUUGCUAAUAAGAUGAAGUGAAAAAGCCAUUCAGAAUUUGAAUACAGUGUAUCUCAUAUCUACACAAUUACUGAAGCUGUUUCAUUAUUUUAAAUAGAACAAGAUUUAGUGGUAUAGCAAAGAUCCAGGAUGCCAGUCAACAUGGCAACAUGGCUGUGCCCCAAGCCACACAUUAGCAUACUGCUUACUGAAGUACUGCAUACUGCACAUUCUCUGCUAAAUCUUUUAGUUCAUAUUAAUAAGUACACAAGUGCACAGUGCAUAAAUUAUGAAUGCACUUUUUCUCCACAUUUGCAUGUCAACAAAUGCUAGAGAGACUAGCUAGCUAGUGAUGGUAUUUUACUCUCAUCAUAAAUGCCACAGCUGGAAAGUUUCUCAUACUGCUUGACAGUGCAUCAAAUGAUCUAUGAUAGCUUGAUACUGAUUGAAGACAAAUGUGAUAUUUGGUAAACAAUAGACAGAUACUUGCACAAAACACGCACUCAAUUGUACCUUUGUUUGGCUGAGAAUCUGAGAAAUGUAAGCUUCUCUGCUCCACUGUAUUGCAUCACACUGAUUGCCUGUGGUUUCAUAGUGAU